AUGUCUCAACGAAAAGAAAUGAAUUUUGUAAUUUGCUUUAUUUUUCUUAUAUUUGGUAAAACAAUUCAUAGUCAAUCAUGGAAUACAACAGAUGAUAUUCUUCCAUGGGAAACAUAUUUACAAUUGGGUGAUAUUCAACGACCACUUGGUCUUAUACUCAAUCGAUCUUCACUUGCUCAUCGUCAUUUUACUAUUGGAUAUCUUUGUCUUCAUUCAUUUAUGUAUGAUGAAGCUAAAGAAGCUUUCGAUUUAGCUAUUAAUACUACUCCUACAUUUAUUGAAGCUUACAUUGGUAAAAUGCUUAGUUGUAAACAAGCACUAUGGUCAUAUACUGAUUUGGAUUGUGGUCAAGCAAUAUACAAUACAACUCGAAAGUUAAGUAGGACAAGUUUUCAAGAAGAACUUCUCUCAACAGUUUAUCAAUGGUAUGCUUAUAAACCAAAUAUAACUGCUGGUGAAGAUGCAUUUCUAUUAUCGAUUCGUAAUUUAUCUCAAAAUCAUUCAAAUGAAACUGAUAUUCGUGUUUUAUUGGGUCUUUCACUUCUUAAUGUUGCUAAACAAAUUCAAAAUCAAUCACAAAUAGAACCACCAGGAAUGAUAGAAGCAAGAAAUAUAUUAGAAGAUGUAUUAAAAAAUGAAUCAAAUCAUUCAGGUGCACUUCAUUAUCUUAUACAUGCUUAUGAUGUUGUUCUAGUGAAUAUAUCUCAACAAGCUCAAGAUUAUGCCGAUCGAUAUGGAAAAAUUGUAACAACAUCAUCACAUGCACAACAUAUACCUUCUCAUAUUUGGAUUCGAAUAGGUUCAUGGAAUCGUUCUUUAUCAGCUAAUGAACAAAGUAUUAUUGUUAGUUUAAGAUUAUGUACAAAGAAAUUAUUAGUUUCUAAUUUAUCAAUUUCUUCAAUUCAACUUGAAUCUAUAUGGAAUUUAUUGAAUACUACUCAACAAAAAUUACUUAUUCAAUGUGAUGUAGUAAAUCGAGCUUAUUCUAUGGAAUCGUUAUCAUAUUCACGUUUACAAACAGGUAAUUGGUUAGGUAGUCUUGAUCUACUUCGAGAUUUAUAUUUUGCUUAUUAUCAAUCUAAUCAAACAUUAAAUCAAUAUUUAUCAUUUGCUUAUCGAACACAAACUCGUAUGAUUAUUGAAUUAUUUUAUUGGUUUCCUUAUAAAUCGGAAUUUCUAAAUAAAAUACAACAAUUAUUAGCAAUUAAUGGAACACAAACAAUGGUGUUAUUAGAUGAAAAUACUACACAAUGGUAUCCAAUAUGGAGUGAAGCAGGAUUUCGAUUUAGUGAAUGUCUUCUUCGAUUAUUAAUUAAUGUUAAUAAUAGCAAUAAUAUAUUCAUAAUAGAUGAACAUCUUACUCGUUUAAAUAAUCUUUCUAAUAGAACUGCUUCAUUAAAUCCAUAUGUAUCAAUUAGUAUAUCAAUAAUGAUAUCUCAAAUUCGUGGAAUUCGUUAUUAUAUAAAUCAAUCAUGGCAAGAAUGUUUGAAUGAAUUAAAUAAUGCUGUUAAACGUGAAUUAACUCUUAUUCCUGGUACUAAUAGUCCAUCUUUAAUAUUUAUAAAUUCAUCAGAAUUACUUGCAGUACAUCUAUUACUUAUUCAUAGACAAUUUGAACAAGGAUUAAUUAAUGAAAAUUAUACAUUAAAGAGUAGACAAAUAUCUAUUGUUGACUUUCCAUCACAAGCAUUAAUUCUUUAUAAAAAAGCUAAUGAAGCAGCACCUAACCGAGUUAUUAAUAUUGUUGGUAUGGCUCGAGCUAAUACUCAAUUAGGUAAUACGAAUGAAGCAAUAAAACUUUAUCAAUUAUUACUUACUCAAAUGAAUCUUUCCAAUAAUACUGAUUUAACAUUAUUGAAAGAAGCAGCUAAUUUUAUUGCACAGAAUCCAAUACAAUAUAAUUCUGCGUCGAAUUAUUUUUCUUCAAUUUUUUUUUUGCUUUUUGUAUUUUUUCUUUUAUAA